AUGACCAGCCUCACAGACUCCCGCCGCGCCUUUGAUGAUUGGAUCAAGACGGGUCGCAGUCUCUUCACUGAUCUCUCGGACCGACGCAUGCGCCUGAGCGCCACAUAUGGAAGCCCUCUUGCCUCGGAUCUACUCGAUAAAGAGUACGCCAGGAGGUUAUCUAUACUCCACACGCUAUCGGUCACCUGUAGCGCCCGCCGAAAUGAUCAUCUCUCGUCGUUGCUGCGUUUACCAACUGAACUCUUGCGUGUGAUCUUGUCCCUUGCCGCCACAGGUGAAGCGGCCAGUACUUGGAUACGAUGGGGCCACGUUUGCUCGCGUUUACUCAAGAUUUUACACGGCUGUCAAAAUAUCUGGGCUGAAAGUGCUUAUUCGGCCAAGAACCCCCAUCGUGCACCUCACUGCGUCAAACGCGCUGGUGCCACACCACUCACCCUCACUGUUGACGAUCCGCAUGGGUGCUACGGUGUCUUACCAUACCUACCCCGCGCGCGGACGAUCAGGACAGACCAGGGCAGCUUCGUUGCCGACCUUUUACACAUUGCCAGCGUCGAUCCUACGGGAUACCCCUUACUUGAGAUAUUGGUCAUCGACGUGCGCGGAAACCCCAUACCUCGACUCUCGCGAGCCAAUGUUCCAGAGAUUCAUACUAGAGAACUCGAUGCUCCAUCUCUUCGUAUCCUCAGUCUUUCAGGUCCGGGGAGUCUACUCCCAUUCGCAUCCCCGGACCUGGUUGAAUUGACAAUCACGAAAACACUCGAGGAUGAGGAAUCCCUCUACACAACGAGGACGUUUCUUGACGUCCUCCAGCACUAUCCUCGCCUGAAGGUCUUGAGGCUUUCUCAAGCACUGCCUACCUUCGACGUGAGCGAGCCAUCUCAUGGUGCAUUGACGUUCGCAUACAUGUCACGUUUGGAAGUGGCCUCCCCUCGUAGACGCUGUCUUUCUUUCUGGACGUGCAUCGACGUCCCGAAUGAAGCGGAUGUCAGGUUCACAAUGGACUGCCGUGGAAUCGAAUCCGGAGCUUUUCUCGGCAUGGAGCUCUUCGACGACGCCCACCUAUUCCAGCCUCACCUCGACCAGAGUAAGACAUUCAGAGUCUUCCUCUCGCACGAUCGGUUCCACCAGCGGACGUUCAGUUUCUCAGCUCAGGAACUCGAUGCAGUCGGAGAGUGUCAGAUUAACAGGCUGACUCUCAAAUACACGUACACUGCGGAAGAGCUCGGCACGACAGUCUCUGUUCGCCGCAUCAAAAACGGGUUGGGCCUCGAUCAUGUCCUACAUCUAGUUCUCGCUGAUAGUCGCGGUGUAUCUCUUUAUCACUGGUCGGCAGACUCUACCGAGAACCAUGGAUGGCAGAGGUUACUGGAUAUCUUCCCGCACAGCCUGCAAUUGGACGUCAGUGACAACUACCUCGAAGUCAUAUGUCAUGCAAUGCAACCCUUGACACCGGAGAACGUGGACAGCAAUGGGCCAACACCACAUACUCAUUUGGUCUUACCCUCCAUGCGAUAUUUGAAGAUACGACUAUCUUCGGGUUACAUAUCCUAUAUGGAGGCCCUCGUUGAUAUGUUGAGAGCUCGUGCGCUCGCCGGCAUUCCUAUCCGCACCAUCACGCUGGAGAGAGCACCGGGCGUGCUGCGCGAUGUUGAUGAAGGGGACCUCCGCGAACUCCGCCCAUUUGUGCCAUAUCUGCAUGUGGUAUAG